AUGGCGAUCCAGAAGAAACACGGCAAGGGCAGACUCGACAAGUGGUACAGACUCGCAAAGGAGAAAGGUUACCGAGCCCGAGCAGCCUUCAAAUUAAUCCAACUGAACAAAAAAUAUGGCUUCCUUGAGAAGAGCAGGGUCUUACUGGACCUGUGCGCCGCGCCAGGAUCCUGGUGUCAAGUUGCAGCAGAGACUAUGCCGGCACAAAGUCUGAUUGUCGGAGUUGAUUUGGCGCCCAUCAAGCCUAUACCCCAUGUGAUCACUUUUCAAAGCGACAUCACCACAGACAAAUGCAGGGCCACGAUCCGAACACAUUUCAAACAUUUAAAGGCAGACACCGUUUUGCACGAUGGAGCACCGAACGUGGGUGUUGCAUGGGUUCAAGAUGCUUUCUCCCAAGCCGAGUUGGUGCUGCAGUCGAUGAAACUUGCCACGGAGUUCUUAAAAGAGGGUGGCACCUUUGUGACAAAAGUCUUCAGGUCCAAGGACUACAAUGCAUUACUAUGGGUGUUCAAACAACUGUUCACGUCGGUCGAGGCUACGAAACCCCCUUCAUCACGAAACGUCUCAGCAGAGAUUUUCGUCGUGUGUAGAGGCUUCAAGGCACCGAAAAGGAUUGAUCCCAAGUUUUUGGACCCCAAACACGUCUUUGCAGAAGUGCAGGAACCGACGCCGAACAACGAGGCAAAGGUCUUCAACCCAGAGAAAAAGAAGAGGAAGCGAGAAGGUUAUGAGGAAGGCGACUGGACACAGCACAAAGAGAUUCCUGUCAGCGAAUUCAUCCAUACUACUGAUCCUAUCGCCAUUCUCGGUACGGUCAACAAACUCAGCUUCGAACAGUCUCCGAACGGUGACUUGGCACUAGCAGCACUAGAUAGACUGCCCGAGACCACCGAAGAGAUUAGAAUGUGCUGUGCGGACUUGAAAGUUCUAGGGAAGAAAGAGUUCAGAACAUUGCUUCGAUGGCGGUUGAAAGUGCGGGAUAAGUUUGGCAUGUCUGCCAAAGCAAAGAAGGAACAGGAAGCCGAAAACAAGGAGGAAGGGGAGGAAGUUGCCGAAGUCGAGUCGAUGGACGAGGAGCUCAAGAUCCAAGAAGAGUUGCAACGGUUGAAAGAGCAAGACUCGAAGGAGAAAAGAAAGGCACGCCGGAAGGAGAACGAACGAAAACGAAAGGAAAUCAUACGUAUGCAGAUGCACAUGACGACUCCGCAUGAUAUCGGAUUGGAGCAGGAAGGCCCAGCAGGCGAAGGAGCCAUGUUUACGCUCAGGGCCGCCAAAAAGGUCCAGGACCCAGCGAAGAUUGACGGUGCUGGCAUGGACGAAGUUGACAUUGAGGAGUCGGAAGAUUCGCAGGCCGAAUCGGAAGAUGAAGAUUCAGAUGACGAUGGAGACAGGCUAGAAAGGGAGCUCGAUAUGCUGUACGAAUCGUAUCAACGAAGACGAGAGGAAGCGGACGCAAAACUACGUGCGAAGCGCGCCCGCAAGGAAAAGGAGACCGACGAAUGGGGCGGCUUGUCAGACGAGGACAAAGCCGGCGAUGCAACUACUGACGGAGAGUCCGACGUUGACGACGAGUUUCCUGCGCGUCCGCUCCCGAAGGCCGAAGGCCUUUCUACUCAAGCAGCCAUGUUUUUCGACCAGGAUAUCUUCCAGGAUCUUGGUAUUGAAGAUGACAACGACAACGACAGCGCGAUCGCCUUGGAAGACGAAUCUUCCGACCAGGCGAAAUCACAAUCCCCGCCAGCCAAUGGUGCCGGUGCCUCUCAGGACAAACAAUCCAAAACACUCAAGUCAGCUCUGAAGAAACCAACGGCAUCCACUGCCCAGCAACAGAGACAAACAAAAGUCUACGAGGAAUCAGACUCAGAGUCCGAGUCGGAGACUGUACCGAAAUCAUCAGGCACAGCCUCUCGACCAGAAGACCCUCUCCUGCCCAACGGUCAAUUAGACAUUGACAUCAUCACAGCGGAGGCGAUGACGUUGGCACAGGACCUAGCCACAAGGCGCACGAAACCCGGCGAACUGGUAGACGACAGUUUCAACAAAUUCUCGUUCCGCGACGUCGACGGCCUGCCCGAAUGGUUUCUCGAGGACGAGGCACAGCAUUCCAAGCCUCAGCGACCGAUCACGGCCGCCGCAGCCGCGGCGAUCAGGGAGAAGCUACGUGCUCUGAACGCGCGACCGAUCAAGAAGGUUCGCGAGGCCAAGGGCCGCAAGAAGAUGCGCGCCGCGGCCCGGCUGGAGAAGUUGCGCAAGAAGUCGGCGCUGCUGCUCGAGGACGAGGGGAUCAGCGAGAAGGAUAAAGCUGCCAGUAUCAGCAGGAUGAUGGCGCGUGCUGCCAAGAAGGGCCGUCCGAAAGAAAAAGUCAAGCUCGUUGUUGCAAGAGGACCGAACAAGGGUCUCAGCGGCCGCCCGAGGGGUGUCAAGGGGAAAUAUAAGAUUGUGGAUUCCAGGCUGAAAAAGGACGUGAGGGCCGAGAAGCGGUUGAAGAGGAAGCUGAAGAAAUGA